UCAAAGUUUGUUAUGAAAACAUUUUUUUGUUUGUAAGAUUUCUUUUACAAAAUGUCAAAGAUACUAUAAUUAAAAUAAUACAAAUGCAUCAAAAAUUAAUGAAGACUGAAUAAAGAACUCUCUAUCCAAAAAUCGACCUGUGUUUUAGACUUCCCCUCAGAAAUCAGUCGAUUGAAAGUUUGUUUAUGUUUGUGUACAGUGGUUGCUAUUGAAAAAUCAAUAACGAUGCAAUCAAGUUGAGAAGCCAAUGGCGGGUGUACGAAGUUUAAAACUUGUUUCAACUUGUUGAUUAUUGAUGUAAAAUUGUCGUCUGAUUUGUUUUGAAGAGGACGAUUCUGUAGAAAUAAAAGAUGACAGAAAAACUGGCUGAUUCUGACAUUGAUCAAUUCAUCAGAGAACAGAAAAAUAGACUAGCUUUAGAAAAACGAGAAAUGGAUGCUGAGGUAGAAUAUCAGAGAACAACCCGGAGAAGAUGGGCUGAACCUGAUAAAGAAAAUAUUGAUUUUUAUGACAAAAAAGAGCCUGAUACACGAGCCGACCUUCGGCGUCCCGAGACCCCAGCUAGACAGGGUUAUCCAGUCGAUAAUAGACAAGUGAUUAAACAACGUAAACAAUUAUCAGAACAGAGGAAACUAGAGUACAAUGCUUAUUUAAAGAGUCACACAAACAAUCGUAGAAAACCACGAAAUUUGACACCAACUCAGAAAAGUAUCCAGGUUGGGAACCCCAAUGAUAGAACAAAGGAGAUAUUAAAUACAGAGAGAAGGAAUGAUUAUAAUGAAUAUUUAAAUAGGGAAAAGAGAAAACCCAGAAAAUUUCCAGGGAGAAAAACUCCACUCCCAGAAACCAGACGUGUUCCUUAUGAACCCAGACCUCAAGAGAGGAAAUUCUAUGAUCCACAGUUAAAAUAUUCUGAUGAAAUGCCUCAGAAUGUUGACUUAAGAUUGAGGCUUGAGUUGGAUUCAUCUGAUGAAUAUUAUCCGGUUGAGACCGAGACUCCCAAAGCAGCAAGUCUUCCGAUUGGUCAAUAUGAGAUACAGCGUAGAAAACAAGCUCCAGAAAUAAAACGUCGAUAUCGCGCUGAUUUAGAAAAGCAACUGCGAGAGAAAGAACAAAUAAACAGAAACAGAUCUGGAAAUAAACAGAGACUAGACUAUGGAAAGGCUAGACAGGAUGCGUUUAAAAGACAGAUGAGAGUUCAAGGAAGUCCAAGAAAAUCUGCCGAGAAGUUUGAUGACAUGAGAAGGCCCCCAGCUGAUUAUAGAAAUAUUAAAACUUAUACAGAAUAUAAUAACUCACAAUCUAAAUAUACAUUUAGGAACCAAUAUGAUUAUGAACAGUGGCAGAAAAAACAAUUAGCAGCCUUGAAUAGUAUCGAAAGACGUCAACAAGAAUUGCGUCAUAAAUUAGAACGUGAUCAAACAAUAAGAGAACUGGAACGAGAUUUGCUUCCUCAAGAUGAUUGUGAAGUUGACAUUCAAACUCAGAGACUGUUAGAGAAAAAUCGCAGUCCAAGUCCCCAUGUUGAUCCUCCUUUAUAUGAUCCUAUUGAUGCUGAAGAACUUCGCCAGUCUGCCAGAGAAAGUCCUGAACGUUUACUGAUACCAGAUAAUUUAUCAAAAGAAAGAGCUGAUAAAUUACGUAGAGAGCGACAACAAGACUAUCAGGAUAUGAUGGCACAGAAACAAAGUUCACCAAGAAGACUGUUUGACCAGGAAGAUCAACAAGGGUGGGGGAUAUUUGGUGAAGGGAACUAUCUUGAAAGUUUGAAAAAACCUAAAACGCCUAAACCUGCAGUUAUCACAUCCCCCCAGAAUCAACAAAAUAAAGAGAAUAUGAGAAACCAACAAAAUGGUGGCAUGAAAUCACAAGGGAGUGGCAGACGCAUGUGGAAAGAGGAUUCCAGUUUAGAUUUCUUUAGUAGUAACCGUCCUGAACAACGUCGUGUACCUGCUGAUAAAUUCAAUGAAUUUACCAAAGGCUCUCGACGUACUCCUGCUGAACAAAAUGGAUAUGUCCCUUCUCAGAUGCAGAAUAAACCGAAAGCUGAGCCGAUGCCAGUCGGUGGUCAUAGAGUUGAUGAAGAGCGACGUCAAGAAUAUCAGGAAAUGUUGAAAUCAAAAUCAACUCCCAGAAAUCGUCGCUAUAAUGAAAAUGAGACAGAUGAAUUCAUGAGUAACAAAUAUGAUAAACCAAAAGUUCAAGGAAAGGGUGAUCUAGAUGAUUUCAUUAAAUCUGGUCCUUCACCUAGAGCUGCACCUAGCAACCAAUCUCCUGUCCAAUCACAACCAAGCUAUCGAAAUCAACAUCCUGACAUGGAACGUAAGGAAGAAUAUAACAAUUUGAUCAAAAAUUCUAGCAAACCCAAAAAACUCUACAAAGAGCCUUCAAAAGAUGAUUUCUUUGACUUUGAUCGAAUUCAACGAAACAACCCAUCAGUGAAGCAACCUCGAGAACGAGCUCCUGUUGACGAGGAAAUGAAACGAGAAUACAAUGAAAAUAUCAAAAACAACCCAAAACCAAUUCUCAAACCUUAUCGAGAAAAUUCAUCAGAUGAUUUUCUGAAAUAUGGUGGCCCUCAACGACGAGUGAACAACAACUCUACCCGAGUCCCAACCAGUGAAACAUUUCACAACCAGGAAAAGGAAUACCAAGCUAAAGUAAAAGGAGGACAGACUCCUCGACGAAGAACCUGGCGAGAACCAACAAAUGAUAAUUUCUUUGAGACCACUGAUAAAUAUCAACAAGCACCAAAGAAAUUUUCUUCUGGUUCAGAUAUUUUGUAA